AUGACAACUGUCAGUGACUCUUAUCAUAAUGUCACACAAUCAAACCCAUGGCAGUCUCCUGUGCCAUACUUGUUUGGAGGUGUAGCUGCCAUGUUGGCUCUUAUUGCUGUUGCUUUUCUUAUUCUUGCAUGCUCCUACUGGAAUCAAACCCAGGAAAGAAAUGGAUCAGAUGAUACCAAAGAUGAGAAGGAGAUUGUACAAGUGGAUGAUAAGGUGAUGGUGAUUAUGGCUGGAGAAGAGAAACCCACCUACAUAGGAAAACCAAUCGCUGCUUGUGGAGAAAUGAACGUGUGA